UUUCAAUCAUAAUUGACAGAACCUUCAUUGGGUGGCUGUUGGCGUUUGUUCGAAGAAGUUUUUACUUGGAUUUUACAUCUACGCGCAAGGACACGUUCAGGAUAGAAUCAUGGGCUGGACAAUUAAAAUUGCGCUGCUCUUGGUUUCCAUGGUUGCCAUAGACUGUCAGAGAUUUGGUCCCAGUCAGUUUAGUUCGUCGGGCCAGCAGCAAGGAAUCCCUGUUCCAUUAGGGCAUUCCGGUACGUCAGCAUUCCUUCAGAGUGGAAUCCAGUCAGGGUCCGGCAGGAUGGUCCACCACACUUCCGGUCAAGGUAUUAGAAGUAGCCCAGAUGCAGUACACGUCCAGGUGGUUCAGCAGCAGCAGCAGCAGCAGCAACAGCAGCAGCAACAACAAUUACAACAUUUGAUCCAACCUAUUUACCAGCAACAACAACAACAACCCCAGGGCAUUAUAAUUCAACCGCAGCAGCAACAGCAGCAGUUUGUAGUUCAGCAAGCAGCCCCGGUACAGCACGUAUUCCAACAGACGCCUGUUCAGCAACCAGUCCAGACGGUCAUGCUUCAGCAGGCACCAAGUCAGCAGCACUUUGCGCAUGCGCCAGUACAACAACACUCGUUUUCCGGUAUGCCAGGCAUGCCAAUGAUGGGAGGCAUGAUGGGGGCGAUGGACCCGAUGUCAGCCAUGAUGGGUGCGAUGGGCGGAAUGGGUAUGGGGGCCAUGGCCAUGGGAAUGCCCUUCAUGUCUUAUGACACGCUUGAAGACAUGCUCGACCUUCCUGAUCGCAGGAUGAUGCCGGGCGUAGCGACGGGCGUCGCCGCGGGUGCUUCAGUGGCGACCGGAAGUAUGAUGCCGAGCGUCGCAGGCGUGCCAGGAGUUCCAAACCCUGCUGGCCUCGUUUCAGCGGGAAUUCCCCAGUCCGCGCUCCCAGCUCCAGUCGUUUCAGCCGCUGUUCAGCCAAUCGGAAGUGGCGCCCAUGCCGCUUCUUCCACCAGCCAUGGGACUUCUUCCACCGGUGGUAUUAACCCCUCGGUGAUAGCAUCCGCCCUGCAGACGGCGCUUAGUCGAGUGCAGCAACGCGGCGCUACCGCCGGAAACAACAACAAUCAAAUUCUUGGUUGAAACCUAUUUAUUUAUAUUAUAUUUAGAACCGCCGUUGUUGUUUUAUGACAUUGUUUGAGAAUAAGUAUUGGUCUGAACAAUGCGUUUGUUAGACAAAUGAGUUGCUUCGUUCAAGGUAUACGUCUUUACUUUCUUGAAAUUUGCCAACAGCCAACAAAAUGUUGCAGAAAUUUCCCGCCAGUAGAUCCGUAUGAAUAAAAUAUUACUAGUUCAAUGGCAAAAUAAAAAUCAUAGGGAUGCAGCUUUGCGAUGAGCAGCGAUGCUAGACAAAUAUGAGGUGGGAAGCUAACGGGUCACAUAUAUUGGUACACUAGUUUUACACUUUAAUCCAAAAAUCAGUCGAUUGUGUGCGUCUCCCUUUAUAUUAGCCACAGUGCAUUUAAUUUAACCCAUUUAUGCCUAGUGGACUCUCCCACCAUUCUAAAUUGGGUCAAUUUAUUUCCAAAA